AUGACUGAAAAUUAUGAAAAUAAUUUAGGGAGAAUUAAAACAGAAAGAGUUAAAACAAGAAAUAAAACAUUUAAUAAAGAUUAUGGUAAUAAUAAUAGUGAAAGUAAUGAUUCUUCUGAUUAUAAUGAUGAUUAUUUUGGAAGUAAAGAAGAUAUAAAUGAAAGUGAAUUUGGAGAUGAGGAUUUAAAUGAAGAUAGUGAUGAUGAUCAUUUAAAUAAUAAUGAUUUUGAAGAAAGUUUGGAAGAAGAGAGGGUUGGAGAUGAUUAUUCAGAUGGAUUUGGAGAAGAUCAUUUACACAACAAUCAUUUUGAUGAUAGAAAAACAACAAAAAAUAUAAAAAAUUCAUUUGAAAAUAAACAUUUUAAUUCAGAAGAGGAAGAAGAAAAUAAAAAUAAUUAUUUUGAUAAAUCAGAAAAACUAAAUAAAAACCCCUCUAAAUUUCAUUCAAAAUCUAUACAUAAUAAAAUUAAACAAAAUCAACAUAACAAAAAUAUUAAAAAUCCAAAAAGUUUAGAAAAUUUAAAUAAAAUUAAUCGACAUUUUUCUAUGUUGCCAACAAAGAAAAGAAAUAAUUUAAGAACGGGGACAUCUUUAUUUAAAAGAAAUUCUUCAAAAGAAUUGAGUAAAUCAGAAGAGAUUUUGACAGAUAAUUCAGAAGAAUAUUUUGAAAAUAAUGAAAAAGAAAAUAAAAAAGAUAAAAGAAUUGAAAGUUUAAAAAACCACACUAAUUGGUUUGAAGGGGAAGUAGAUGAUAAUGAUUAUUCAGAAUUUGAAGAGGAAAUAGAGGAGACUAUGGAGGAAGAAGAAGAAAAUAAUUUAGAUGGAGUUGAAGAAGAAUUGAGGAAACAAUUUUUGUGGCCGAAUAGAAAAUUAAAAAAUAAUUAUAAUCAAAUAAAUCCUCAAAAAGAAGGGGAACAAUUUAGCAGUGAAGAAGAAUCGGAUCAGUCAUCAAAUGAAUAUUCUUCGUCUUCUUCUGAAUGGCCUUACGAAAAAGAAAAUAAAAAUAAUUAUUAUCAUGAUAACGAACCUUCCUUUGAGGAAUACGAAAAUUUGUCAGAAAAUAAUUAUUAUUCUCAUGAAAGGAAAAGAGAAAAAGUUCAAAAAAGGUAUAGGCUUUAA